GAAGUAAAACAAAUGGAAAAGGAGAGACUUCGGCAACAGCACCAUCUACAGCAACCCAGUGUGAACCAGUAUGAACCUGAAUCCCCACAACUGGGACGUCUUGAGGAGCGGCCUAUUCCUGAGGUAGCACAGGUGCCUCAAUUGGAAUCAGGCCACAUCGAUGAAGUGGACAAGCAUACUCAAGAGGAUACAGAGCCAGAAAAUGGAAUUGACAUUUGUGGCACAGAAAAUGAACAAACAGAAGUUGACCAGGCCACAGCAGCUAAAAGUUUUUCAAAAGGGAUUGCAGGCAGAAGUGAUGGGGAGGGUCUUGAAUUUGAGGAUAAUGUACAUGAAAUUGUACAGAACAUUCUACAAGAGUUGGUGACCACUGUUGUUGGAGGACCUCUCCCUACCACACAUCUGGGAGGAUGGGGCGAUGUGGGCUGUGGACCUCCCCACUACCAUCCUCAAUGCUGCUGUGAUUGGCCUGUAAAAAGUGCAAUUGAAGGAGAGAAGCCAGGUGGGAAUGGUUCGCCUGAAAGUGCUACUGGUCCCCUAGAAGAUGAAACUGUGGCAGUGAAUGACGCAGACAAUGUUCAUUCUAAUGGAAUUCCAGGGACUCCAAUCUCUGUGUCAUAUACCCCAUCAUUGACUGAUGACAGAUUGUCAGUUUCAUCCAGUGACACUCAGGUGAUGUCGAAUAAAAGAGAUUAA